UGCGUGCGCGCCAUGGCGUUGGGCUCGGCCUGGAAGCAGAUGUCCUGGCUGUACUACCAGUACCUGCUGGUCACCGCGCUCUACAUGCUGGAGCCCUGGGAGCGCACCGUCUUCAAUUCCAUGCUAGUUUCUAUCGUGGGAAUGGCAUUGUACACUGGCUAUGUGUUCAUGCCUCAGCACAUCAUGGCAAUAUUGCACUACUUUGAAAUAGUGCAGUGACGAAGAACAUAUUUUCAACAAGUAAUCAGGCUCUGAAAUCUGGUGUAUGAAGAAGAAUGAACCUCUUGGUUUUAACAAGACUCCUACCAACGUCACAAUUAUGACUCUGAAGACUAAGAAACAAGAUACGUAGAGCAGGGAUGUGAGAUAUCCCCUAUGUUGUGUUCAUUUCUUUUAAUUUUAAAAGAUAAUGCCCUUGUAUAGUAGUUUUGUCUACUUUAACAUUGUGAUUGUACUUUGAUAUCAGUAUUUUCUUAACUUUGUGACAGUUUCAAUAUUGCACUGUGAAAGCUUUUCUUAAUUGUAAUUUUGAGUAAAUCUUAAUUGCCUUCUAUUUUUAAUCAGAAAGUCAUCUUAUUAAAUGGGGCUUGAAGCUUUUGCUAUUGUAUGGUAUGCAUUUGCCUGGAUAUUUCUAUUAAUGCGUUUUGUAAGAAAAUACACCCAGAUUCAUAUUAGAGAUAUGGAUAUCUUCAUCUAAUGCUAUUGACAAAAGUUAGUUUGUAUGACUGAACUCAGGUGUACUGUUUGCUGUCCAAACUUUGUUCUACAAUAUAUUUGUGUAUAGUGGCUAAAUUUGGAAAUAGCAGUUAUUUCAAGUUUCUGUAUUCCACCUGGAGGGUGGGGGAAAAGAGGCAUCGGGGCAGGGCGAGGGCUGCAUUCAUUGUAUUUGGAGUAGUGCUGUGCUUCAGGGCUGUAUCCAGGAGGGAAAAAAGGACUUUACUGACGUAGGCCCCCAUAAGGCUUUGGGGUAGCACUUUAAAUCAACCCUGUUUUUCUAGCUACUGGUUCAAUUGUACUUUUACAGGAUGCUCAAUUUUGUUCCAAUGUUUAUGAUUUCUGCUAAUUUUCACUCAAAAGUGAAAACAGGUUUUAAAGGGGUUUUCUAUUGCUGCUAGUGUUCCAAACAUAUUCUUGCUACAAAUGACCAAAUGGUAGAAAUUUAAGUGGACUUGAGUUACAACUACAGCAAUAAGUAGCUGAAUACUUGGCUAAAGUCCUGUCUUUUUUUUAAUAGGGUUUGGUUUUGGUUUUUUUUUUCAGUUUUGUAUUCUGUAAUGCAAGAUGGUGAAAACUUAACUUUCCUAAGUGGAGGAUUUUUUUUGCUUGUUGUUUAAAAAAAUAAAAGUUUAAAAGCAGAGCUUUGAUGCAAAACUUUCUUUGAGAAGUUAAUAUGUUUCUGAAUGCUGCUUGCUUUUCUCAGAACUUACCAAAAGGGGAAAAAUGGUAUUUGACCAAAGAAUUUUGGGUUUUAUUUAUUUUUUUAGUAGCCCAGUAAAAUAGGUACUGUUUUCUUUCUUAUGCAACUUCUAUUGAAAUUGGGAAUGAGACCUACAUUGCACAAUAACUAAGUCAUUGUGUAAAGAUACUGUCUUUUAGGUUUAUUUAAUUUUCUCAAAUACACACUCAUGAGAAGGAUGCUUUCCUCCUCUGCCUUUAAGAACUUCAUAUGUAUUUGAUUAAAAACACUGUCAUCAUGUGAGCUAUGUGCAAGUGGGCCUUGAACUUCUUAGGUGAACCCUAGCUUUACUGAAGUUGGUAGGAGUCUCCAACUAAAUUAGUGCCUUUACUUGUGAAUAACUGGCCAUGCAAAUACAGGUGGGUUUUUGGGUGGGUAGUUUUUGUUUGUUUGGUUUGGUUUUGGUUUUUUUUAAUGCAUCCUGAGUGGGUAUUUUAGAUAUAUAUGUAGAUAAAAUUAGCAUACUCUUUUUGAAGUAAUGUAACGUAAUUCCUGGCAUCCGUGGAUUAGACUGAUACUGUGAUGUUUCUUUGUGAACUACUACCGUGGUUGGGACACAUCUACUGCUGAGAAAGGGAUGUAAUUGUACAAAGGAGUACAAGUUGUACAGCCCUUCUGUGCAGUGGCAUUAAGAAUGUUAAACAUAUUUAAUUGUGAAAGUUUUUAUAAAAGGACUUUGAAGUACUAACUUUUAUUAGCUGUUUGCUUUUCAUUGAAGAAAAAAAGAGUAACCAUAAUCUCCAGUCACUUAGAUUACAUUGGAGUGGAUUUGAAUUCAGUCAUACUUGGAUUCAGGUUGCUGCUUGGGGCAUAAGCUUUCUAGGCGUUUCCUUUAAAAAUUGUUAUUAUAAAUUGUGACUCUCGUAGUCUUGGAUGCGAAUCUUCUUUUAGAUUCCAGAUACUUUAUUAAAGGUGGCAUAAUUUCAUUAAUAAAAUACUAUAUGUUAACAGAGUUUCAAUUUCUAGAAGAAAGUUUCUGCAAUGUGUCCUUUUCAUAAAGUUGAUCUGGUGAAGAGGUACGUCAAGGAGUGAUAAUUAGGAAGCAGAACAAGUUUUCUUUUUUAAAGUAAGAGUCUUGGUAGGGAUUUAGUUAAUCACUAGAUUUUAAUAAUAAGUGAAUCUUAAGGCUACCAAGAUGUCUUCCCACUGCAGUAUAUUUAUUAUUGUGUUGAUUGUGGUAUCAUAUCUUCCUUGUGAUAGAACCUUAAGCUUUUUCUGUGGAAGUAAUGUAAGGCAGUUUAAAUACCAUUUGGAGGCAACUGGUCAAUUAUGUUUCUGUUUAAACAGGGUGAUAAUAACUGAGCCAUCAGUGAUUUAGAUAAAGUUGGAAAAAAUGAUUGUGAGAAAUUAGAAAAAAAAAUUCAGGGAGCCCUGCAAGUUGCUUUACCUUCUUAAUAGUAAUAGCUCUUGUGGUUUAGAUUGAGUCAUCAUUUAAAAUUGCAUUAACUUGUGUUACAGCACAUUUGAUAACACCAGCUCCAAGGACCAGCCUCUACCCCAGGCUGGCAAAAGGUGUGGCCGAACACCCUGUCUGGGACUUGCAGUGCUGGUCGCCCUGGCAGGGGUCCAUGUAGCCUGUGGCCCUAGUGGCUUCCAGAGCUGACUCUGCAGUGGCUCUCUGGCUGAGAUGAGGGCUGGGUGCUAUAAAAGUAGUCAUUAAAAACCAGUGCAGUGGGAGCUGCCAUAACCAAAAGAGGAAACCGAGGCAUAGUAUUGCAGAAAGUCUGUCUGGAGCCAGAAAUAGAUCUAGGAUGUGUGUAUGUAUGUCCCGGGUCAAUUACAUUUCUAAGAUAUAUUUAUAUAUACAUACACUUAAAAAAAAAAAGUGUGUUUAAACUGUUUAUUUCAUGUCAGAAAUUAUUACCUAGCAAUUAGUUUGGAGAGAAGCUGUAGUGGUUUGGUUCUUUUUUUUUUCCUGGUUUCUUAACUACCCUGUGGAGGCAAAUACCAGGGAAUCCUAAACCGAGACUUUCUUGUUAAAAUUUUGCACAAAAGCCAUUGUGCAUUUGUGUAAAUACUCAGUAUUAAAAUGAAAUAGGUGUGAAAGAGCAUAGCACUGUAAAGAUUAAUGUCAUGUGACAGAUGUACAUUGUGUUACUGCAAAUUGGUGCAACUGGUAUGAUUUGAAGUGUUGCCCUGUUUUUUUUCAGGUGCAGUAAUGAAGUGUGCCUUAUAAAUAUUGAAGGAGUACCUGCUGUUGGCUAACAACAAAUAAAGAUUGCGCUGAGGUCAAGAGGCACGACUUGAAGAGAUCUGAUACCACAGGCUGUGUACAAAGGUGUGGAGGCAGCAGCCAUCCUCUGAAAUGCCAGAGCUGCAUACUGUAGAGUUGGGAUCCCAAUAAAGGUUUUCAGUGCCAGAAGUUCAUUUCACCUGCUAAUUUGCCCAUGUUUUCUGCAACUGCUGUUGUAGGAAAACAGACCUUUUUCCCGUCUUGUGGACAUCUUGACACCAGCUGGGGGGAGGGGGAUGUAUUUGUUUUUUUAAAGACGAAAGCAUUAAACUUUCCAUGUGGUGUGCAUUGCUCCCGUUUCAUCUGCUGCUUAAGCCUUGAAUGGUAGCCAUCAUUGAGCACAGUAUCUGCUGUCUCUUCUGCCUUUUGUUUGUAUAAUGAUGCCUUAAGGCGAAAAUAUGGCAUCGUAGUCCACAGUUGGAUUUUAGCUGGAUCAAACUUCCUUUCCUUGUGAUGGGGAGAGAUGAAAAUCUACUGCUGAAAUAUGCCAGUGUGGGAUUUCAGCAGAAAUGCCUCCACUUUUCUUAACCCUCACAUUCGUCACUCUAUGUUCAGUCCCUAUCAAGUGUCAUAGUAUGAUUGAAGACUAAGAAAUGUUGACCAUCUGCUCCCUGGGAGUUUGUCUGGCAGAGAGCUAAAUAGGCCUUAAUGUAAACCUGAUUCAAAUGCUGAUCUGAUUUCUAAAGUAUCAUUAAAGUUGACCUUUUUUUUUAACAGCAAUUUUGCAAUGGCAGCAGUCUCAGAUGUUACAGAUACUUAUAAUUAAAGAGAGUUAUGUUACACAGUACCUUAUCGCUAAAUGUUUAACACAAUGAACAAAAGCUGGGAGGUGGCCUUGGCAGCACUUGAAAUUGUGCCAAGGUUGUGUUGCUGCUGCAACUCAAGAGUUUAUAAGCUCUAUGGAUUUUGUGAGACACCCAGCAGAUACGCUGAACAGAAUUUGACAUAUCUGUGGGAAGACUUGUCGAAUUAAAAAAAACAAACCUCACUUUAUUUUGUAGGAGGUACUACUCAUCCUAAUAGUGCAUAGGAUGAUAUACAUAUACAGUUUAUAAGCUGCAUCUAUUUAUGGAUCAGAUACUUAGACCUUACAGUACAGAUGUGCAGAAGUAUGCUUUAAUUUGGAAGGAGCCUUAUCACGUACCUUAGAGUCUUGUUUGAUUCUUGUUUGACAACAGUUGCCAAUGUUUUGCUCUGUAGUGCCAGAAGCAUGUAACUCCAUGGCAUUUUGGAUUCUGUUAAAGAGAUUCCACUCUUCUGUGUGGAGAAGACCCUCUGUUAACGACAUUCUUGUGGAGGAAUUUUAAAAUGAGUUGCAGUGAUUUUAAUCUGAAGUUGGUAAAUUAUAAGAAAUCACAGGGAAGAUGCAUACAGUGGAACUGAUGUUGAACAAAGGAUGAAAAUUCUAGUUUUGUCUUUGGAUGAUCAACAGGAUGAACUAGGGCAUGAAAGUUCUUUUACAAAGCCUCUGGUUUCUAACAAAGUGUGGUUUUCUAAAUGUAGUAGUUGUUUCCCUAAACAACAAGAAAGUGUAAUCUUGUUUUCAAACUCAAGCUGAUACUUGUGCUAAAUUUCAAAACUUACCAGGUAAAAGAAAGUAAGUAUUUCAUGUAAAUACAACAAUUACCAAGGUAGGAGCCUUAGAUUACAGAAGAGUUGGUUUAGGAGGUGGUAAUACCACCCUGGUAACACGUCCACGUAUUCAGACUGUGUAGUUUCACCUGGGUCGGAGAUCCUUCAUGCCAUAAGGCAAUGGUAGUAUGCAACAGAGAUGGAUUUAUUUCUUUAAAGGUUUAGAGUGAUGGUGUUUGGGAUUAGAUACUGAAUAAUCAUCCUAAAGGCUUUACUGUUACAUUUUGUGUUAUGUAAAUGGAUGAUUUUAUGAAGUAAACUGUUGAAAUACCCUGUGGCCUCAACACAUAUCUUAAGCUAGACAGAUAAUCAUGGCGCAGUAGUCACUAGACUGGAUGUAGGAUGUGCCACUCUCAGAUGAUAGCGGAACAGUAAUCACUAAAUUGGAUAGAGGAUGUGCAGUUGCAGCUCCAAACCAAAUAUAAGAAUCUGAUAAAAGACACUUUGUCUGUGCAGGGAACAGCCAUCCUUUCCGCUGGUCAUCGUGGUGAUUUUCUAUCACGGGCUGUUAUUUGCUAUAACACACUUUUAGAGGUUAACAGAAGGCUUUUUGUCUUUUGCUGCCCUUUCUUAACUUUGAAGGGUGUGUGCUGAGUAUGAUAACAGUCUUGUCACAGCAGUAACAAGAUUGGGUUAUAUUGGUGGUGUUUUAAUGGUGAAAAGUUGACAGAUUUUGUAGGUGGCUCUUCUAGUCUUUAUUGCUUUAUUGAGCUUUGCAAAUGAAGCAUAUGAUUAAUAAACAGCUUGAUAUCUUCCCACAAAAAAUGAAUCAUAGUAGUUCUUUUACUUAAUCCUGUUAAAAAGGUUAUCCAGAUAAUGUUUGAUGGAAAAGCCUAAGAUUGAAUUUGUAGUUGUAGCUGGUUGCUUUCUCAUUAGAACUGUCAGUUCUUGGAUGUGAAUUUUCAUAAGUCCGAAUGUUCCUGUAGAGGUUCCCUGCUCUAAGAUCUAUCUGAUAGUUGGAACUAACAGAUAAUCAAUGCUUUACUAAUAUUCAUAUAGUUACAACAUCAUUUCUGAUGUGUCUGGUUUUUAUUCAUGCCCAUAUUUGCAGGUGGAAUUGCCUUGGUGUGUCUUGCAUUUUGUUCUCUCUGCAAUUUGAGACAGACAACGUAUGUCAGGCCCAUGUUUCAGGUUAACAAGAUGAUGUACUACAUAGCCUCUGAAAGAUUUUUUUUUUAAGAUAAUUGUCUUGACAGUGAUUGAUCUUACGGGUCUUUUCUGUGAAGAUUGUUUGCCUGUUUUGGG